UGCAUAUGGCCCCCUAUUUUAGGCGCAUACCUACCUACUCAUCGUGUUUUAAUGGCACUCUUUCCGAUACUAGCUUCAAUGUUUCCAUUAUUUUUUCCUUUUUUCUUUCCUCCUUUUUCUUUAUAAAAAAAUCAGAACGCAAUUAUGCCCUGUACCUAGUGGUUUACUCUCAUCCCUAGCCCCCAAACUAUCACCAGCGACGAAGAUCCUCGGCGAUGGCGGAACCCCCUGAAUUUCACGCCUCCUUAAAUCUUUGGUCACACUAUGACCUGGGGGCUCCGUUUGCCAUUGUCCAGCCCGCAAACGAGAAUGACAUCGUCCUUGCGGUUCGGGAGGCCGUGGCAGCCUCCCACCCGUCCCAGCAUCAGUCCAUGGUCUUCCAUCAGCCGGAGGGCGUUAUCGUUGACUUGAGUCUGUACAGGGGGACUACGGGUGACGCAGCAAAAAGCCUAUGUGGUGAUAGUUAGGGGCGGUACGCUGAUGAAGGAGCUGCAGACUGCGCUGCACCCGCAUAGGCAGUUCGCAGCUGUGGGAAACGACGGCACUGUCGGCGUGAUCCCCACUAAAUACCUCAACGGCGGCAUUCAGCACGUAAACGCUUUUUUUUUU